UGGACUUGGGCGGUAACUUGACACAGUUACUAUGACACAAAUGAAGUUCGUAGUCCACAGCUGGCUAUGGCGGAUGUUGUUGAAAAUGACAGCAUGAAGAAUUAUCAAAUAGCGUCAGAAAAAGUCAGCCCGGAGAUCAGCCGCUUUCCCUACUGCAUUGUGUGGACGCCCAUCCCCAUGCUAUCAUGGCUGUUUCCUUUCAUUGGUCACAUGGGAAUCUGCACUUCCACCGGAGUGAUCCGAGACUUUGCUGGACCGUACUUCGUCUCAGAAGACAACAUGGCUUUUGGGAGACCUACAAAGUACUGGAUGCUUGACGUGAGUAAAGUCUACGCCAGUGGCUCCAACGCUUGGGACACGGCCGUCCACGACGCCUCAGAGGAGUACAAGCACAGGAUGCACAACCUGUGCUGUGACAACUGUCACUCCCAUGUGGCCAUGGCUCUGAAUCUGAUGCGAUACGAGAACAGCACCUCAUGGAACAUGGUGAACCUCUGCCUUCUCUCAUUCAUCCACGGAAAAUAUGUCGGCUGCGCGGGCGUGCUGAAGACCUGGCUGCCGUUCUUUUUGCUCGUGAGCGUCGUGCUCGCAGUUGCUCUCGCCAUCAACAUCCGAUGACCGGGGUGGGGCCAGGUGAGGCGGCCGCCACGACCAAACACGAACCACCUUUUUGAAGAACGCCAUCGCCGUGUCGAGCAACAGUAACUGAGGACUUAAAGCCUGCCUACCUCUCAGAGAGGACUUCCACAAUGGAAACGUGUUUAUUUUUUUCUCACUGCAGUGCCGAAGUUGUUAUACCUCAACGCUUCAUAUCCAUUCACACAUAUGCAUUUUUAUGAAUUCCAGCUAUUGUGCAUCCGAAAAUAACAGCUUCACACUAAUUGCAAAGAUGCUCUGGUGUAGUAAAAUUCAUGCCUUGCUUUCAGACUGAUGGGGUUGUUUACCUGAUAUCUUCAGUGCUUCCGAAAGCCAUUUUUAUACAUGGAGCACAAACGUCAUUAGCUGCCUUAUCGCGACUUUCUAGCAUUUCAUACUUGAUCUAUUGUAGCUCUUCCACAGCAAUGUGAGCGCAUUUUAACAACUGUACAUGACACAGCGAGCAGUCGGCAUCUUCUGAGAAAGAUAUUUUCUUAAAGAUUCCUUGAACACGUCUAACCUCACGGUGCUGUUAGCAACAGCUCAUCGUUGCGACGAUUGUAGCGACCUUGGUGAAUGUGGUUGUGAUGGAUAUCCACGAUCCCACUCGGAUGUUUUCUUUCUGCUCAUUACUGAUUUUUCACACAGAAGUCAGAGUCGGUGCCUGAUUCAUGACCUGUAUCGCAGAUCUCUUCUGCGAUACAGAAGAGAUCACGUUGUGGCAUUUUCAGCAUUCUGCUUUUUUUUCUUUCUUUUUUUAUAUUAAAUGUUCAAUCCUCAUGAUGGUUGGCACUACAAAUGGCUGUCGGAGUAGAGGGGGCAGACUCAAAUCCUGCCAUUGUUUGCAAGCAGAAACAAAGGAGCGUGGAGCUCUCUCUCUCUCUCUUCCAGCAGCAGCAGGGAGCCAGGAUUCUCAGGUUUUUCACGCUCGCCAACCAUCGCUCAGUGUUUCAGCGAGCGCCGCUGCUUCCUGCUGCUUUCCCGGCUCAGCGGUCCAGAGCCGAAAGUCGCUGGGAUAUAUCCGCGCCGCCUGUUUUGAAGUUUAAAUUCAACCCCACCGACAUCCUGCACAGGUCGUCGGCAGACGUCGAUAGAGGAUCUUUGAUUCAUAUGACAGAGUAUUAGGGCCAGAAAACGUUUUUUUUUUUUUCAUAACAUUCUGACGAUGAAGUCAUAAUAGUAGAAUAAAGAGGCAAUAUUAUCAGAAGGAAAUCUUAAAAUGACAUGAAAAAUGUAGUUUUUGGUUUCUUUGAAAUGGACUCUGUUUACACAAUUGUUUCAAAGUCCUGCUCCUGAUGAUGUUUAAUGCUGAUGUGUUCAGACAUUAAGUAUGUCGUCUUUGUACAUUCGAAUCCAAAGUAUAACUUCACAUGAUUCCCAGCGUUACUCAUUUAAAUUUUUUUAAAAAUUAUUUUUCUUGUAGGAGUUAUAACAUUACUACUUCAUUCUCAUAUGAAAUUUUGACUUUUUCAUAUGAGAUUUGUCUAAUAGGACGAUUUCUUUUUUUUUGUAUUAUUACAACUUCAUACUCACAUUCUACCUUUUUGUCAUUUUUUAUUCCCAUAUCACUCUGGUUUGCUUUUAUCUCGUAUUGCAACUUUCUUUUCGGGAAAUUUAGACAAUAUUCUCACUUUAUUCUGGUAAUAUCGCAAAUCAAUUUUUGUGCUGUUCUGACUUUUUUUCACAUUGCGAUCAUAUUCUCGUAAUAUUCUUCAUUUGUCUUAUUGCAACUUUAUUUUUACAUUAUUCCGACUUGCUGUUGUGUGUCUUUAUUCUUGCAAUAUUGUGACUUAGUUCUCAUAAUAUUAUGUGACUUUAUAUCAUAAGUAGCAUUUUUUUCUGUGCCUGGCCCUAACACUCUGUCCUACCUUCAUGCGUACAGUUCGCCUCUCCUCCCUGUAAAUAUUUGACUCCCCAUUUUAGUGGGCAUUUUGUAAAAACAUGACCUUGACUUUUUAAAAUUUAGUCAUUGACACUAAAUUUGUACUUUGUAUUCCAUGUUUGUGUUUAACGUCUGCUGAGGGUUGUAGCAGAGCCGUGCCUAAAACAGAAUGUGUGCUACUUUCUACAUAUUCUAUCAGGAAGAGCAUUCACUUGCAUGGCUGCAUGUGUGUGUCGCAUGCAUGCAGGAAAAAGGAAAGUCAUAAUUGUCUCUCUUCAACCUUGUGAAAAGUAUUCACACCUCUUGAGCCUUUCCACAAUCCAAGCAGGAUCUUCAUUUGGCCUACAUGCAAUAGUCAACACUAGAGAGGAGAAGCUCGGUGAUGGCAGCAUAGUGCUGCGGCGAGUCUUCUCAUCAUUUGGUCUGUUCAAGGAGUCGGCAACCUUUACAAACUAAUGAACCGUUUUUGGCCCCAGUCCAACUAAAACUCAUUUAUAGCCACAAAUGUAACUAAUUAUCUAAAAAAUAAUUCAGUAUUACUGAUAUUUCCCUCAUUCAGUCUGAAAAAAAGCCCCCUAAGUGCUCUAUUUCCAUUUGUUAUAUGUAUAUUUUUAAAGUUUUUUUGCUUAUUUUUCACUUUUUUAGCCAAAUUGUUGAGAGAAAUUGUGAAAGGAUCAAAAACUUCCAGACCCCCUGCUCUAUCGAACAACAUCCAACUAAACUCAGCCUUUUAUGACUUUAAUGUGGAAAAUGUUCAAGGUGUGCAAAUACUUUUGCAGAGCUUUUAAUUUAGUGCUGUAUAUUUCUCAUAGUUUCUUGCGGGUAUGGAGUAGCUCAUUAUCUUUAAUCAGAGUUGAUGACAAAUUUGAGAUAAUCAUCCCCGCUUCAAUCGAGACGGCAGUAAUGUUUCAUCAUCUGCAGCUGCAGACCGUCUCCAGUAGUGGGGAUGAUUAUCAAAUCAAAACAGCAAAACGCAGAAAAAGAAACGCUGUUGUAGAGUCCAUGUAGUCAUAUUCAGGAUUUAAUAAAAAAAUGUGUUUGCCACUCUUAAAGCAUUUAUUGUGUUGCUUUAAGGCUGGCCAAUAAGUUGAUUUUAUCAAUUUGAUUGAAUUUUCUGGUUUUGAAGAUGUAAUUUAUUUAAAAUCCUUUUUUCACCUCAGGUUUCCAUAGUUCAGAGUGAUGUUUUUUGACAAACAUGUUUUACAACUUCUGUUUAUUUCAACUUUGAAUUAAAUAUUGAGGGUUUUUUCUGUUCCUUAGCUCUCUUUAGUUUUUUUUUUUGUUUUUGUUUUUAGAUAUUUUCAAGAUAUCUGAUGUCAUUUCUUUUUAUAUGUAUGUGGCAAAAAAAAACAAAAACAAAGGGAAAAUAAUUCAAAUCGGAAGUCGAGUUUUGGAUAAAAAUAUUAAAUCGUGUUUUAUUUUGAAGUCGUGUCGCUCAGAGACAUCUUGCUUUCAGGGUCAGGUGGUUUUGGGAAACAUUAUUGAAAGAAAUGUCACUUUUCAAAAUACCCAACACUUUCAUUUACGCUUAAGUGAGAAUGUGGUUUCUUGUUUCUGUUAGCUGGAUUAGAAAAGAUGCUCAUUCGUUGCUAUUAGAGAAAAUAAAUAUCCAGCUCUUUAGAGAUCGCCUUAUAACUGCCUGUCAUAUAGGGGCUUUCUUGUGGCUUCUUCGUAGGAAGUCCUGCGCAGGAAUGCAGGGCUGUGUGGAGAUCAUUGAAGCGGUCUUAGGUGUUGCCUGCUGUGGUGCCUUCCCGUAUCCAGGAGCCAGGUCCAGGAAUGUGGGGACCUGCUGUCCUGCCGUUCUAGUCUGUGGACAAAAAAAAAAACAGUCGGGACGGCAUCACUAGUGCCGCCAUUCACUUGUUACGUACUGAACACGGGUCUGUUGACUCAAAACCCUUGUGUCAUUCCGAUCCUCCAGAUAUCUCUCUUGCUGCUGGGGGUUCUCCAAAAUUCGGAAAGCGACUGUGUGAACAGCUAUAACAUUAAUAAAGACGUCUAUUAUUCUA